AUGUGCAAGGGGAGGGGCGGAGCCGCGACGCCGAGGAGGCGGGGCCGACGCGGUCCUCCAAGGCCCCUCUGCCCGCCCCAUUCUCGCUGCUUCUCCGGCUCCGGGGCUGCUCUCUCCCGCUCCUCCGGCGUCUCGCUGGUUCCCGUCUGGUCGGUUUGGCUCCGGGAGGAGGCGGUGAGUGCGCGCGCCGGCUACGUGGGCCCGCGGGGGACUUGCCGGGCCGCCCGCUCUGCCCUGUCCCCGCCCGGCCCGGCCCGGCCCGGCCCGGCCCGGCCCAGCCGCCCCGCAGCCUCCCUCCGGCGGCGCCAGGGCCUGCGCGGCCUGAGGCCGCCCCCUCCUCUCCAGGGGCCCUCCCCCCUCUCUAGGGGACCCUCCCCCUUUGUAGGGGACCCCCCCCCAGGGAACUUUCCUUAUCUCUCUGGCUCUUCUCGCCCCUGGCAGAUGCUGCUUCACCUCUUCUCUGAUGCCAACUACAACCUGUUGGGCUUCAACGCCUCAUUCUCCUUCUCGCUGUGCCCUGGCGGCUGUUCGGGCCGGGGCCUGUGUGAGCCCUCGGGCCUGUGCACCUGUGAGCCCGGCUGGGGUGGCCCUGCCUGUGCCCUCCAGGAUUGCUCCACCUACUGCCACGAGCACGGCACCUGUGCCUCGGAGGCAGGCCCCUGCCGCUGUGAGCCUGGCUUCCUGGGCCGUGCCUGUGACCUGCGGCUGUGGGAGAACCAGGGGGCUGGCUGGUGGCACAACGUGAGCGCCAAGGAUGCCGCCUUCCCGGCCCGCAUCGGGGCUGCCGGCGCCUUCCUCUCGCCUCCGGGGCUGCUCGCUGUCUUUGGAGGUCAGGACCUGAACUCAGCGCUGGGUGAUCUCGUUCUAUACAACUUCUCUGCCAACGCCUGGGAGCGGUGGGACCUGAGCCCGGGCCCGGCUGCCCGUCAUUCCCACGUGGCCGUGGCCUGGGCUGGCUCCCUGGUGCUCAUGGGUGGGGAGCUGGCUGAUGGCUCGCUGACCAGCGACGUGUGGGCCUUCAGCCCGCAAGCAGGGGGCCACUGGGAGCUGCUGGCCCCCCCCUCCUCGGGCCCCCCAGGCCUGGCCGGACAUGCUGCUGCCCUGGUGGACGACUCUUGGCUAUAUAUCUUUGGGGGCCGCACGCAGCAUGACCUCUUCUCUUCGGGCCUCUUCCGCUUUCGCCUGGAGGGGCCUGGGUGGGGCCGAGGCCACUGGGAGGAGGUACAGCCGGCAGGCGGCCGGCCCCCAGCUGCCACUGGGCAUUCCAUGAUCUUCCACCCGCCAUCUCGGGCUCUGCUCGUCUAUGGGGGCCACAGGCCUUCCACGGCCCGGUUCUCCGUACGAGUGAAUUCUACUGAGCUCUUCCACGUGGACCUGCGUAUGUGGACCUCCUUGCGUGGCCGGGACGGUCAGCGGGGGCCCCGUGAGCGAGCCUUCCACACGGCCAGUGUCCUUGGCAACUACAUGGUGGUCUAUGGUGGCAACGUGCACACUCACUACCAGGAGGAGAAAUGUUAUGAAGAUGGCAUCUUCUUCUACCAUCUUGGCUGCCACCAGUGGGUGUCAGGAGCUGAGCUGGCUCCUCCAGGGACCCCUGAAGGCCGAGCAGCACCCCCUGGGGGCCGGUAUUCCCACGUGGCAGCUGUGCUGGGGGGCAGUGUCCUGCUGGUGGCUGGUGGGUACAGUGGGCGGCCCCGAGGGGACCUGAUGGCUUACAAGGUGCCCCCCUUCGUGUUCCAGGCGCCAGCCCCGGAUGUGAGCUCCUGUGGGGGAUGGAGAAGGGGCACAGCCGUGGCGGGGGAAUGGUGGCUGUAG